UUCUUUUACCUUAGUACAUAGGUAUUUGUUGCCAUCCAUCUUCACUUAGCCUUCGGCUUUAACUCUCGUACCUGGUUAUCUUGGAAAUAGGUUUUGGCCAUGCUUUAGCGGAAUACUACUUAGUUCUCCUUUCGGAGGCUGGUCAGUUUAAAAAGCUCUUGUGCUACCUCUUGUCCCUUCUAAUCCUCCUCUUACACAGCAUGCCCAUAACACUGCACCCCUCGCUUCUCCGCUAUCUUCUAGACAGCUUAAAUCUCGAGCGUACUCAUCGUUACGUCUCAUGGCAGUGGUAGAUCAAAGCAGUUCCGAUUGCCAAGAGGCUCCAAUUUCAAAGCCAAAAUCCAAAUCCAAAAGACGCAGAACCAUGGCCGCCAACGGAGGGAAACUACGUGCGCCCCGCAUGCGACAAUCUUGCGAUGGAUGCUUUUUGGCAAAGGUCAAAUGCUCCAAAGGUCGUCCUAUGUGUACCCGCUGCCUCGCUUGCGGAAUCGCAUGCCACUAUUCGCCCUCUUCUAGAUCUACGAAACAGAAGGCAGAGCACAAUCCCAGCACAGAUUCAAAUCUCCUCCAUGGUCGACAAGGUCGGGAACAUAUGGGGUUUGCCUUGGAAGGGCCCUCGCCGCACGUCAACCUCCACCCCCACCCCCUACAAACGAAUUGUGGCACGCCGUCUCCGUAUAGUAUCGACGAUUCCAUGAAUACAAAUCCAUUUCUAGGAUCCAAUUUUCACCUUCUAGGUAUAGACGAAGGUACAAUGGGAACACAAGGUCCAAUGUCAGCACCUCCAGACGUAUUCUCCGGUAUACCUUGGCAUCAGUCCGCAGACAUGGCAACUUAUUCGAACAUGCCUUUUCCGGCUACUCACAUACCAAGUCCCCACGCUCGGUCUCAGUCAUUCGACGCUGCCAUGUCGUCGAUUCCGCCGCCAAUGCAAAUCCCUAUACCUAUGACGGGACCAGCUGCAAUACAGACGCCCGCGCAAAUGACGAUGUCCACGUUGUGGGGAAACCAGAUCUCCCAUGAACCAGCACCGUACUCUCAGGUGCAAACCCCAAAUAGCCUCGGGUCAAAUUACUUUCCAAGUCCGACCAUGACACCAAUCCUUCAGCCAAUACAACCUUGUCAACAAAAUGAUGCUUCGUGUACAUGCCUCAUCCGGUGUUUACAAGGAGUUUCUAAUAUAUAUAAUCUCCUGAGUCAAUCCAAAUCUGCCGACUUUGACUCUUUCCUCCGAAGCUACCAACACGCACUGGACGAAUGCAAUAAGAUGAUCAAGUCCUCGAACUGUGCGGACCAACGUGAAGCAGAGACGCGCGCAAUGCUCUACGCGGUCGCCGUCCGGGUAAUUGCAGACAUUCAUGCGCGCACGCGUCGGUCAUGUGCCGAAGGCGAGACCGCACAAAUCAUGGAAGACCCGCAAGGCAUCGACAACACUCGCCUUGGAACAUUCCAACUUGAAGGAAAUGGCAAAUGGACGAAGAUGAACGCGGUGCACCAGGCAGGCCAGAAGCUCGAGGGUCUAUUUACCGACUUUCGUCAUACAGUUCAGGCCGCAUUUGCUAACAACCCGGAGCUGGCGAAGGCCAUGAUCAACUAUACAACCAGAAUGGACAUCGGCUCCACUGUGGGCACAUUUGAUAUGCCGGACAUGAACGUUAAUUUCGCCAUCACAUGAGUUUGGCGUCGCGGGCUAUGGAGCUCUACGGGAGUAGCAGGAUGGUGAUAUACAAGAGGGCCUUCAAUCCUUCCUACCCUGACGAGACGAGGCCUUCAACUUCAGAUAUUGGGAAGGGAAUAAGCUCCGCAUAUGUAUCACUACCUUGCGUCAAAGUAUGGGACUUUGAUUUUCUAUCUUGUCUUUUCUUUUCUUUCUUUCUAUCACCCCUCUAUAAUUGGUGGUUGGGUAUAAGGAGUUCGGCGUUAAGGUGGCAUGCCUGGGCGUUUAGGCGUUAGGGUCAUUGGUCGAGGGUACGCACUGGACGAACGGAAAAUCGCCAGUAGUGCUGUAUCGUUUUGAACUUAUUAGGAGCCCAUUCUGCAGUUUAGGGGCUCGUCAAGCUAAUUAUCGUUAUUAUGUAAGGAAUGCUACAAGUAUCUUAUAAUACCCACAUAUGUUAAGACUAUGCUACAAUCAUUACGUGAAUCUGUAACUAGCAUCUUG